GUCCCGGAGGUGGAGAGAGGAGGGGCGGGCUGGUCACGCGAGGCUGGGGCGGGCCACUGGCGCCCGAGUGCGGCGGAGGGGAGGGAAGGAGGGAGGGAGCCAGCCAGGGGGGCAAGCGCCGGGGAGCAGCAUGGAGCCCUCCGCAGACAGGCUAGCCACGGCCGCAGCCCGGGGCCGGGCCGACGAGGUGCGGGCGCUGCUCGAGGCUGGGGUGCAGCCCAACGCGGUGAACCGCCAGGGUCGGAGCCCGAUUCAGGUCAUGAUGAUGGGCAACACCCGCGUGGCCGAGCUGCUGCUGCUCCACGGCGCCGAUCCCAACCGCGCGGACCCCAUCACUCUCACCCGACCUGUGCACGACGCGGCCCGAGAGGGCUUCCUGGACACGCUCCUCGUGUUGCACCGAGCCGGGGCGCGGCUGGACGUGCGCGAUGCCUGGGGCCGCCUGCCCGUGGACCUGGCUGAGGAGCGGGGCCACCGCGCUGUCGCCCGGUACCUGGGCGCAGCCGCGGGGGCCACCGAAGGUGGUAGCCACUCCCAUACGGAGGUUGCGGAAGGUCCUGCAGACAGCCAGGACUUCAAGAAUGAUUGAGAUCUAAAGACACCUCAAAAUGGUCUGAUCUUCAAUCAACCAAAGUGAAUUACCCCACCCCACCCUUGCUGGCCUUAAUUGGCAUUUAUCAAAUAAAGCUUUUUAAACUGUA